AUGCUGGAUAAGGCCACCCUGCUCCUGUUCCUGCAUUUAGUUGCAUGCGCCAUCUCCUCUCCUCUCCACCCAGCUCUCAGGUACAAUCCAGGGCCCAUUGCUGGCAAGGCUGUGAACUUCCAGGCACAGGACAACGGCCCAUUGCAGAGCCACAGUCCCUCGGUGGAGAAACAGGAUGAGCAGGGUUUGCUAACAGACCCCAUCAAGAAAAGGAUGCAACGUCAUGCUGAUGCCAUAUUCACUGACAACUAUCGGAAAUUCCUGGGGCAGAUCUCCGCCCGGAAAUUCUUACAGACCAUUAUUGGCAAGCGGCUUGGCAGUGAGAGGAGCCCAGGGGAAGGGGUGCAUGAGCUUCUGACAAGGCGCCAGUCUGACAGCAUCUUGAUGGACAGCCGCUACCACCAACAGAUGGUAUUAAGGGACUUCCUGGGAGCAAUUUUGCAGAAUCAAAGGCCUCAGGACAUCAACAGCAGUCACUUAGAAGGCUUUCCCAGAACCCUGGCUAAGCUCAUGUAA